GGACGUUGAAAGGGGAGACGUCUUCGAGGUCCUGGAAGUGGGAAGGAUGCGAUCGAAGGUCCGAUCGUGCAGCACGGGACUCAUCGGAUACCUGCCCAUGUCUGUCAUCCGGUCCUUUGAGAAUCAAACCGACAACACAAUGGAAUCAGGCAAAUCCGACCAGGAGAAAUUGAUCGCCAGGAACCAGAUAAAAGCUGAAAUACAGCAGCAACUACCAGAAGUUCCAAGGAAGCCAAAAAUCGCUACGAACGGCGCGCCGAUAGCCACAAUUAACAUCAGUGAGAAAUCCUCGCCAGAAGAUGUUAAACAUUGGCUCGCUUGCAAAGGGUUCAGUCAGGAGGUGCAAUCGAGUUUGUCAACAUUUGGCGGGAAAGAGAUAUUUGUGAUGGACAAGAACGUACUCGUCAAAUUGUUCGGUCCAGACGUGGGCGUCAAACUAUUCAGUCAGAUACUUGUUCAGAAGAAUAUAUCCGGGUACAAAACGUUGAGAGUAUGCGAACUGAACGCCAUAUUGGAGGUAAGGAAGAAGAAGUCUGAUAGACUGAUGGUCGGUGAGAUGUUCAAUAGUCAACCCGACAAUCCAAUUCCUGAUGUAGACCAUUUUUAAAUGAGCGACAGUAGCAGCAGCAGCAGUAACGACAGAGGGCAUUUGCUCGAAAAGAACAAUUUGAUUGUUCGGAGAAACUAAUUUACUUAAAAUAAUAACCAAUCAGAAUGUUAACAAUUAUUAAGAAAAAUUUAUGAUUUUAAGACGUGUGACAUCAUCAUCUCAUCCUAAUCACCACCACCAUCUUCUGCCACCACAUUCCUAAUCACCAACGCAUCUAAGCUCCUCUCAUAAUUUUUAUAGCUCUUAAAAUGACGUGCGUCAAAUGUUUAAUAAUUUUUUCACUAGCCAAAAAAAUUUUUUUGUCGAUUUUUAAAUAUUCUAUUUUUUUGUUUUCGUAUUUCCAUUUCCGUUUCCGUUUUCCUGAUAGAUUUUUAUGAAUGUCAUAAAAUAAAGCGAGAGAGAGA